CCAUACAAAGUUCCGCAAGCCCCAAAAAGGAGGAACCUGCCAUUAGCCUACGAAGAGGUGGUGAUGGUGGUGUUGUUGGUGGAAUCGACGAAAGAAGAAAAAUAAGAGCCAGUAUCCAAUCAACCUGUCGAGAGAUGAAGUGUUGCUGGGCUCUUUUGUCGGCCCUGGUCUUUCUGACGGCCAUGGCCACCUUCGCCGAUGGAUGCAGUUGCUCCAAGCGCCAUCCUCAGGAGCACUAUUGCUCGGCAGAUUUUGUUGUUUUGGCUCACGUUAAGCGGAUCGUGCACGAUCGAUCCGAGUGGUCUCGCGCUUACAAGGUACGCAUCAAGAAGGAGUUCAAAGUGACUGAAUCCGGACGACAGGCCCUGUCGUACGGGCGCAUUUUGACGCCUUCACACGACGCCUCGUGCGGUAUCCGACUCAAGCCAGGUAAACGCUACUUGUUGACGGGCAACAUCCGCUCCGGCAAACCUUGGAUCAACCUGUGCAACUUCGUUCACGAUUGGGACCGCAUGACGCCCAUCCAGCGUAAAGGUUUCCGUCGUCUCUACCAGCGCGGAUGCGAUUGCAAGGUCAUGGAAUGCCAUUGGUGGGGUAAGUGUCCGUCAACAACUCAGGCCUGUACAUGGGACACGGCGUUCGACUGGCACGAUUGUCAAUCAAUGCACGCCAUUUGCACGCGCGGCAAUGGUGGUGGAGGCAGCGGAACAUGUCGCUGGUCGCAUUCGAGAUCCUACCGACAAUGCAGUAAGAAACGGAGCGGCGCCGAUGCGAAGAAUCCCGACGCUCCCGCCCGACCGGCACCGAUUUCAGCCGUUGCCACCUCGUCGUCUCGGCGGUGGAAAAACAAUUUACUACUCAAGUCUUGAAAGGAGCAAAACAAAAGAUACAUUAUGCAUGUACGCAUCCAGACUUGCUCUAUGUUCGAUUUCUCUGAUGGUAUCUUUUUGAUCCAGUGCUGCCAAAUUCCUCCGACUGCCUCCCUUUUCAACCCGUUCCCUUCUCUCCCGUUCUCCGACUUCCAGCACCGAAUCUAAUUCCCUCCCAGUUGGCAGCCAUUGUGCCCUACUGUACAGACACAUCCCCCACGCACAGUUUCACCGCACUAUUUAUAUACAUAUUAUAUAUAUAUAUACAUAUACAUAACAUUGUUGUAUAGUAGGGUAUUUUAUCGUCUGUCUCUCAAUUGUUCCGCGUGCCUCAACUGGAUCGUUUCAAUUAUGUACAAUUUUCCCCUUUGUUUUUCUUUCUUUCUCUUUCUCUUUCUGUUGUUGUUUUCUUUUCUUGUUGUCAUUCGAAUGAUGAGCUAACAGGAUAUGUGUGUGUGUUUGUAUGUGAACUAUUUGUGUGCGUGUUUGUGUUGCGUCGCGGCCAACGCGAUACAUCUCUGGUAAACGAUCCUUGAACUACAGCAGCGUAUUUCUGUGAAAAGAAAAUAAUGCCCCCGUGCAACACGAUGGGAAGAAACGAAAAGAGAUAACAAACGCCGAAAUUACUUAACAAUAAAGAAACAAAACAAAGUGUAAACACUCCUCCAAACCCCCCCCCCCUCCCCGUCGUCCCAAGUCUUGUGUGUCCUAAUUCAAGCGAGUGUGAAAUGUUUUCUCGACUUGCAUAACUUUUUAAAAGAAACUCAUGGAUUCAUGGUUCCGCUGACGUGAUGCUAACAUGUAACUGUUGUUGUCUUACUUGUCCUGAAUUUGACCGAUGGGUCACACACUAUACUGUACAAAAAUUUCGAAUAUCAAAGAGGAAAUAAUAACAUAACGACCACAAUAUGCAAAACAAAAUAAACGAAUGGAAAAAAUG